AUGCGCCUGCCGCCGGGGGAGACCGCGCUGCUGCCCCCUCUGCGCCCUUCUCUAGCCGCCGCCGCCACUUACUGCCUGCUGGUCCUGCAAGUGGACGCCUAUUUUGGCCUGACCGGAAAAGAAACCUUGACUCAGUUUCCCCUGCUGGGAUCCUCAACAAAUCCUGCCCAUUGGAAGGCUCAUUUGAAGCAAUGUGACCUGCUGAGGCUUUCCCAGAAGCAAAAGAGGCUUUGUCGUCGGGAGCCGGGGCUGGCUGAGACUUUACGGGAUGCCAUUCGGCUCGGGGUCCUCGAGUGCCAGUACCAGUUUCGCAAUGAGCGUUGGAACUGCAGCCUCGAUGGGCGGGCGAACCUGUUGAAGAGAGGUUUCAAGGAAACCGCAUUUCUCUAUGCCGUGUCUUCAGCAGCAUUGACUCAUUCCCUUGCUCGAGCAUGCAGUGCUGGGCGAAUGGAACGCUGUACCUGUGAUGAUUCUCCUGACUUGGAGAACCGCAAAGCCUGGCAGUGGGGCGUGUGUGGUGACAACCUCAAGUAUAGCACCAGGUUCCUGAAGAAUUUCCUGGGCCAGAAGAAGGUUGGGAAAGAUCUGAGGGCCAAGGUGGACAUUCAUAACACAAACGUGGGCAUCAAGGCUGUGAAAAAUGGCCUCAAGACCACGUGCAAGUGCCAUGGUGUGUCAGGCUCAUGUGCUGUGAGAACUUGCUGGAAACAGCUGUCCCCUUUCCAUGAGACGGGAAAGCUCCUCAAGCUCCGCUAUGAUGGUGCUGUCAAGGUCUUCAGUGCCACCAAUGAUGCCAUGGGCCAAUCAGAGCUUGUGAGCCCCCAGCAUCAUGGCCGCUUGGCUAAAGGUCCUGCUGCUCCCCGCCCCACUGAUCUGGUUUAUAUGGAAGAUUCUCCUAGCUUCUGCCGGUCUAGCAGGUACUCAGUGGGCACUGCUGGAAGGACGUGUUCCCGUGAGGCCAACUGUGACAGUAUGUGCUGUGGCCGGGGUUACAAUAUCCAGACCCAUAUUGUUACCUUCUCUUGCCACUGCCAGGUGCAGUGGUGCUGCUAUGUGGAAUGUCAGCAGUGCAUGCAGGAAGAGGUGGUUUACAGCUGCAAGCAAUAAGAUGUUGAACCAGGGAGCUGGAGGACAAGGGCUGUUUUGCCUUAGGACUGCACCUAGGUCUAGAUAUCAUGAUGACUUGGGCUUCCUUGAUAUCAUUGUUUCCUCCUUGAUAUUGGAUCUAAAAGCUAAAAUAGGGAUAAUUUGCACCAGGUUCAAGCACUGGAAUUACUGAUUUGUAGUCUAGCAGGCAAGGAGAAAGCAUAAAAUGGGUGCAAACCAACCCUCAGACUGACUGCUUCUGCUGGACAGAAUAAAUGAACUCUACUUAGAAGAUGUAUAAGGACCUAUCUCAUACUGCCAGGCCAUUGGUUCAUCCAUCUUAGGGCUGUUUCUUCUGACUGAAAGAAGAUGGCUUUCCUAACCUGAGACCUCUUCCAAGUGGAGAAAUCAGGAACUGAAAAUUGAAAUCUUAAUAAUGUGAAGUAUGAGCUAUUUUACCCUGCACUACCACCUCCAAUUUUGUAAGUAGCAUUCCCUAACUUGAUUCUCUGUGCAUAUUUACUUCAUUUCCCAUGGUCAUUGGCCAUUCUCUUUGGGGAUUAUGAGACCUGAGAUACAAUACAUCUGGAAGCUCCAAGUUAGGGAAUGCUACUCUAGACUAAGCAAAAUAUUUUGUUUAAAGCAAAGAUCUGAGUAGCAACUAAUAAUUAAUAGUGAAAUGAUAAGAAUAUUUGUGAAUAGAAGGUAAAGAGAUCAGAACUAUAUAUUUGGUCCAGCAUCAUUCUAAGCCAUUGGCAGUCAGUAGCAAUCCUAUUGUUCUAAUAGGGCUACAUUUACUGAAUCCUGCCCUGGGCCUUCUGGAAAAAAGUAGCUGGGUGACUCUGGGAAACUGGUGGCUCCUACCUACCCAAUUGUUGUUUAAACACUCCUGACCACUCCUGCCAUUUUUCACUGAGAUAGAAAUAAGGCUACUGAAGAAAGGUUUCCCAAAACUGGAGUCUUUGGUCCACCAAAAUUUGCAUGCCAAUCAGGUUUGACCUUGAUUGGAGAGCUCCAGUGGAGCAUGGUUUAUCCCCUGGUGUAUUUAGUGGUAGAGCCAGUGAUGAAGGCUACAUUCUUCAAGGGCUGAGCUCUCAUUGGAGGAAUACAGAAGAAAGUGUGAGCAAUAGAUAAGGUAAGUGUGAGAAAGGCCACCAAUAUUUGUUAAGCCUUUGUAGACUUGAGAGUUGGGGAAAGAAAAACUUACAAUUUUAGUUCACAGUAAAAUAUCCCAGUUAACGGUUAUUGAGGGCAGAAGUGGAAGCUUUAAAGUGGCAGGUUUCAGGACAUGAACACAUUCCAGUAUAGUAACUUUAGUACUUGAGAGGGUGAGAAAACAUAACUAAUUUGCAACUGUUUUAAUAAAAUGCAAAUUAAAUUUCUUGGUUUUGAUGUCCUGGAACACAAAUGUUGUGAGAACCAAACAACAUCUAGGACCAGAAUGGGGAACUUCCUAGUCCAUGGAUCUAACCCAGCUUGCCAGGUGGGCUG